AUGUGUCGUCCCUCAUCCCGCAACAAAUUUGAUUGCUUCACGGCGUCGUCGUUUCCAGCUCCUUUUCCCGCGGCAACCCCCCGGAGUCGGGCAAAGACUCUCAAGGAAGAUGCGGCAGAAGCGGCGCAAGCGGCGGAAGCAGGGGGUCGACCACCCGCGGGUCUUCUUCUCAGCUGCAGAGUUGCCGCCCUCAUCGCUCGUGCUUGCCAUCGGCCAUCGGCCAUCGGCCAUCUGCACGACACAAUGUUGGCCCAGGAAGAAGAAGAAAUCCAUGCGCCAAGACGGAGAGAUGACGUUCCCGCUCCUGCAUACUUUUUGAACAAUCAUCCUCCGCCUCCCGCCAACUCCAUGCCCACCACCACGCCGCCGCCGCCGCCGCCACCCGAGCACGAGGACGACGUCCAGGUUCGGGGACGAUUUUCCAAGUCAAAGAGCAUCCGCAGCAGCAGCAAAUCUUUGCCAAGCAAGUCUCGGCAUAUUUGGCUUCCGGAUUCCGCAGUAGCCGGUGUCACCUUGGCAGGCCACAGGCACAUUGCCAUUUCCAUCCCGCUGGAAGCUACCCCGUUUGGCCAAGACGCGAGAUCCCAGUACCCCGUCCUCAGCCACGACUUGCAGAUGGGCACACCGAGCAAAGCGCCCGUCAGGACCUUUACAAACGACAAAGGCGUCGUCACCGUGCUACGACCCCUCGUCAGCCAAGAACACGGCACAAACAUGCCGACCACCGCUUCGAAACAACGGCUGCCCUCGUCCGCAGUUCCCCUAAAUCAAAAACCGCUUCCGCUACCACCUCGGGAUCCAACUGCCAACUUCGGCCGCCAACCCGUCGACUACAUUGGUGUCCUGCCAAUGGCUUUUGACACGUCGCUGCUCGACGACUGCAACGUGCCCUGGAACAUCCCCUCAAGCCAGUCAGGGGACAAAGCCUCAACCCACGACAGACCGAGUCCACCCCCCCCUCAGAAGCCUGCCGCCCCAGCUCGCGUCUCCAGCACCAAAAUCAACCACAUCGCGACGGCUGCGAAAUCUCUCGACGGCAUGAUGCUGGUCCCGCACCAAGCGAAGCAUAUGCCCAGCGUUGCACGAGGCAGGCACUUAUCCGGCUCUACCGGCCCCGGGAAAUCAGUUGCCGCAACUCUGGACAAGGGUGGCAAAGACGAGAGCAGAGAUGAGCAGCCCAAGUCCACGUCUGGACCCUUGUACGAUGGCGCACCUCCAGCAUUGAGCCGAAAAGGAAGUUCAAUCUCCGGCGCAAACUCGGCCACACAGGCCGGUCCUCCGCUCGCAGAAGAAGCCCACUCUCGCCCCUCAAAGACACCUAGCCUAGCGCGGAGCAGAAAGGAAAUCGUGAGGGAAAAGCGACGGAGAGACUUGGAAGCCAUGCUGCGAGCCAAGACCAAGGAGCAGCAUGACGACAGACUAGCGACGCCAGGGGCAGCGCAGCAGCACUCCGCAACAGGCUUUUCAUCUUGGGCAAGCAGGCCGCCAACACCAACCCCAACCACAGCCUUGACUAUGAGCAGCCUGAUGGUGGUAAUGGAUGUGGAGCCUUGCCCUGAAGAUGAAGUCGAUGCUUCUCAGCGUCCCAAAUCGCCGCCUUGCCAAGACACGGCCAUGCAUCGACCAAAGUCGCCCGGUUCUUUGCCAGACUUGAACGACCCAAACAUGCCAACGCCUCCGACUUCGGCUCAUGGAUCGCCACGACAACAAAGACGCAGCAGCAGCAGCAGCAGCAGCAGCAGCAGCAACAACAACAACAGGGACCGGACCUUGCUGACACGGCCGCAAGAGUCCAACGGUAAUGAGGAGAGGGAGCGCAAGGUUCGAAAUGUCAUAGCCAUGGCCAAAGCAAAAGCAACCGCACGGCGGCUGGCGCUGGGAAGCGCGACGUGCCAAGAUGGCGCCGUUUCCCAAGCAGACAUGGAGGCAAAACCACGUUACGAGGCCCACGAGGAGCAUCGUCUUUGGGACAUGGAGCACAGGCUUCGUAGGUUGGAGAGGAAUGGCGACAUAUGGCUGGAGGCCCUCGUGCCUGUUCUCAACAGCAUGAGUUCGGCCAUGAUGGCGACCAAGGAUCGGCCGCCGGAGGCUGUGGGGGACGUAGUCUCUGGUGAGGAGACGUUUGGUGACGCGAGCUGGAUCAAAGGUGAGCUGGAGAGAAUGGCCGGGAAAAGGUACGACGACGGUGCCCCGAGUGAUUGUCUAAGCAGAGGUGACGACACGAGCGGGCUGCGAUCUAUCGAGCCGUUGAUGAGAGAGCUUGCGGGGGGGCCGAGACGAUGGAAAUCAACCGCGGUCACGAGUGGCAAGUCCUAA